AUGGCAGAGGCGGAGCUCGCCAAGCUUCGGCGGCUGCCGGAGAACCGCCGCUGCGCCACCUGCAAGCACGAGGACCGGCUCGGCUACAACGCGAUCUGCGUAAAGUUCCAGAUCUUUGUGUGCGGCGAUUGCAAGUCGGCGCACCAGGCCUUCUCGCACCGGUGCAAGAGCGUGACGAUGUCCAACUGGAACAAGGACGAGGUGCGGGCGCUAACAGGGGCGGCGGGAGGCGGCAAUGUGGCCAACAUGGCGAAGUACUUUGCGAAGCUGCCCGCCGACUCGCCUCAGUGGCCCGUCAAGGGCUGCCACCCCAACGACCUCAAGGAGUUUGUGCGGAUCGCGUACGAGGAGAAGCGCUGGUACUCGGACGUGCCCUCGCCUGGCCCCACCGGCAGCGCGACGCCGCCGCCGGGCAACGCCACCCCGGCCGAGCCGGCGACGCUCUACUCUGCCUCGGCGCCGGGCUCCUAUGCGGGGGGGAUGGACCUGCUGGGAGGGGACUCGAUCACCGUCGACCGCAGCGCGGGCGUCUCUGGCGGCGGCUUUUCCGCCUUUGAGGCCGGUGGCCGUAGAAGCGGAAGGCGGAUUCGUGUAUCCAACUAG